AUGAGAGAGAGCGAGUCGAGAGAGAGCCGGCUGUUGCAUGUGCAAUCCACGUUGAGACUCUCUGCAGUGGCAGAGAAGGACUUCAAAGAGGCAGGCAGGGCGAAGCGGAGGUGGAGCGCUUGUUGCUUAAAAAAGCAGACUGUGAUAGAUCGAGCAGCGGUGAGCUUGAAAUCGAGAGUGAGGGUGGCAGAGGCAGAGCCAAAGCUGGAGGAGGCGAGAGCGAAUUCAUGCAGCUGCGCUUCAUGGGCUCGAACUCCUGCUCGUACAAAGAGUGACAGAGAGAUGGACGGAGAGAUGGACGGAGAGAUGGACGGAGAGAUGGACGGAGAGAUGGACGGAGAGAUGGACGGAGAGAUGGACGGAGAGAUGGACGGAGAGAUGGACGGAGAGAUGGACGGAGAGAUGGACGGAGAGAUGGACGGAGAGAUGGACGGAGAGAUGGACGGAGAGAUGGACGGAGAGAUGGACGGAGAGAUGGACGGAGAGAUGGACGGAGAGAUGGACGGAGAGAUGGACGGAGAGAUGGACGGAGAGAUGGACGGAGAGAUGGACGGAGAGAUGGACGGAGAGAUGGACGGAGAGAUGGAGAGACAGACACAUGGAAAGAUGGAGAUGGCGAUUUGA